ACCGGUGGGGGGCGGUUUUUACAUCCAGAACGGUUUUGUAAACCGUGGUCUCGCCCUCCCCCGACGCGCCGUCUAGGGUUUCACAGCCGCACCCCGAUCCACUAGAGCUAUGGAGUUCGACGAAUACGAGUACCUGGAGAAGGCGGUGGAGCCGGCUCCCCCGCCGGCCAAUGGUUCCGGCUCCGGCGAGAAGGACCGCGGCUCGCGUCGCCGCGAGGGCGACGAGGGCCGCAUAUCGAAGCGCUCCCGCUCGGGGGAGGACCGCGAGCGGGGCCGGCACCGCAGCGUUCGGGAACACCGGGAUCGGGAUAAGGAUGACGGGAAGGAGAAGGAGAGGAGCCGCGAUAGCCGCGGGAAGGACAGAGACAGGGAAGGGAGAGAACGGGAGAAGGAGAGGGGGGACAGGCACCGGCCCAGAGAGAGGGAGGUGGAACGGGAGCGGAGGAGCCUGAGCCGUUCGGAGCGGCGCCGUAUCGAGGAAGAGGAGAUGGUGAGGGAGCUGGAGAUGGAGCGCGAGCGCAGCGAGCGACACCACUAUCGCGACCGUGACGUCAGGCGUAGGAAAGAUGACGGGGCAGAGCCAGAAGUUGAUCCAGAAAGGGACCAGAGGACUGUAUUUGCUUUCCAGCUAUCUCUGAAGGCAGACGAAAGAGAUGUUUAUGAGUUCUUCUCAAGGGCUGGGAAGGUUCGUGAUGUUCGUCUUAUCAUGGACCGAAACUCAAGACGUUCUAAAGGAGUUGGGAUUACACACUGAAAUUUUAUAGUUUGCUCUACAUGCUGGGAUUAUCGGCAAUUUACAAGUAAGAUGGAAUAUUAGAUCAUUCUGAUGUCAGUCAGCAGUUGAGGACAGUUUGAUUCCAGUGUAUUUGACAAACACUUGGUGCAGGUUCUAGGCAAUAAAGGGGGCACCCAAGAACCAAGUUCGAAACCUCUACAAUUUUUGAUCAAAAUGCCUGAAGUUUUCUGUGAAAAAUUGAAAUGUCUUAACAUAUGAUGCCCCACUUAUUGUUCUUCUUUUCUUUUUUACAGGAAGACAUCUUUUCUUGGACGCUUCGAUGUUUGUACUAAACAUAUAUCUAAAUUUGCAGGUACAUUGAGUUUUACGAUGUUAUGUCUGUUCCAAUGGCAAUUGCUUUGUCUGGUCAACCGCUGCUUGGACAAGCAGUGAUGGUUAAGCCAUCUGAGGCUGAAAAGAACUUAGUUCAGUCAAAUGCGACAUCAGGUGGUGCGGCUUCAGGUGGAGCAAGAAAGUUGUAUGUUGGCAAUCUUCACUCAAAUAUUACUGAAGACCAAUUAAGACAGGUAUUUGAACCAUUUGGGCAAGUGGAGCUUGUACAGCUUCCUCUAGAUGCAAUGACUGGACUGUGCAAAGGUUAUGGCUUUAUUCAGUUUGCCCGGCUUGAAGAUGCAAAAGCUGCACAGAGUUUGAAUGGGCAGCUUGAUAUUGCCGGCAGAGUUAUUAAGGUUUCAGCUGUUACUGAUCAUGUGGGAGUGCAAGCUAGUGGAGCUACUACUGGAGAUCUAGAUGAUGAUGAAGGUGGAGGCUUGGCGCUAAAUGCAAGCUCCAGAGCUGCUCUAAUGCUCAAAUUGGACAGGAGUGGUACAGCAACCAGCUUAACUGGUGGUAUUGGUGCUGCUGGAGUGGCUGUACCAGCUACUUCAGUUAUUGGGGCAGCAGGAGCUGCUUCUCUUCUGUCACCAACAGUUUCUGCUGUUGGAUCAGUUCCUGGGGCACCUGUGCUUCCUAUUACCGCUCAGAAUGUGAUCAUGUCCACACCUACAGAAUUCUUGUUGCUUAAAAACAUGUUUGACCCAUCAUUGGAGACGGAUCCUGAUUUUGACUUGGAUAUUAGAGAUGAUGUCCAAGAUGAAUGUUCCAAGUUUGGUGCAGUGAAGCAUAUUUUUGUUGACAAAAAUACUGCAGGCUUCGUGUAUCUGCAGUUCGAUAGUGUAACUGCAGCAGGGAAGGCCCAACAAGCACUUCAUGGAAGAUGGUUCGCCGGAAAGAUGAUUACAGCGACAUUUAUGUCCGAUCAGGAAUACAGUACUAAGUUCCCAAACUUGUGAGCAUAUGCGGGGAAGAGUUGGUCAGACCCGCAUAGUUCGUUCGGAGAGUUUGCUAGUGCUGUAUCGUUGGAUGGUAGACUAGACGAACACCUUAUUGAUUGUAUGACAGGAUAGUUUCAGUUGCAGCGCUGGUCGUGCGUACAAUGUUUGAUGUACUUUAUUUACGGCAUCACACACAGUGACCAUCCCUUAUUUUGUCCACCGAAUGAAAUGCCCUAUGAUCUCCAGGCACGUUGGCAUAUGGUUUAUUUAUGUACGAUCUGUUGGCACUGGUACGUAUUUGUAUACUAAGCAAAAGCGUUACAUAAUCACAAUGGUACCUUUAUUAGUCCCCUGUCGUGGGAUA